GUUGUCGUGAAGAACACAGGAGGGGAGAGCUUGAGCGGCGGCUCUACUGUUUUCUUGCUAAAGUCGUGUUCUGAUGUUGGCAUUUUGAAUCUUGGAGAAUUUGAACAACAAUGGAGGGAGUCGACAACUACAUACCAAAAAGAAUGCGAAUGGAUUGCAAGGUCUAUGUGGGCAACCUUGGCAACAAUGCUGCAAAGCAUGAGCUGGAGUCAGCAUUCACCAAGUAUGGUCCAUUAGUGAAUGUGUGGGUUGCACGUAAUCCUCCUGGCUUUGCAUUUGUUGAAUUUGAGGAUCCACGGGAUGCUGAAGAUGCAGUUCGAGCCCUGGAUGGAACUCGUUUAUGUGGUGUGCGUGUAAGAGUGGAGAUGUCCACUGGCCGAUCACGCCGUGAACGAUACCGUUCUUCCCCAAGACGAGGUGGAAGUAGGCGAUCAAGGUCCCGUUCACCUAGGAGGUUUGGUCGUUCUCGUUCCAGAUCACCAAGACGCUCCCGAUCUCGCUCCCCCAGGUAUGAUGACUACCGCCGAAGAAGUGAUUCACCGGACUUCAGGAGACGUUCCCGAUCCCGAUCAUAGAUGCAAAUGAA